AUGCGGCGCACCGAAUUGCGGAGGGCGCCCCCAUGUGGACGGUUGAAAUUUGAGAUUUGCAUGGAUGCCGCCGCCGCGCGGAUCAAGCGAAUCGCCGCAAUUUGCCGAGCUCCGCGGCUGUCCUCCGCCCUCGCGCAACAGCUGGGGCGCAAGGCGCCCAAACUUACGUCGUUGUGCGGCGUCAAGGCCCUGCUGCUCUCGAAGCUGCUGGGGAAGAAGAAGGUCGCCCCCACCGUGGUGCCCAAGGUCAUCGCCAAGCCGGCUGCCGUCGCCAGGGUGACUGGAGCCGGGAAACCGGUGUAUCCGCCGCCGAUGCCCGGACAUUACGAGACUGCCGCCGCCACCAAGACCGCCCUCCUGGGCUCCGCCGUGGACGCCGCAGGCACGACGGCCACGGCCGUCGUCGACGCCAAGACCAGUGUCGCCAAGACCGGCGUGUCGGCCCUUGGCACCGGCAAGGGCCUCAUCGGCAGCACCAUCGACAAGCUCCUCUCCGGCUAG